UAUGAUACAAACAAACAGCCAAUUAAUGCUUAUUGCAUCCAGGGGUGCAAAUAUAUGCAUUUAAUGAUUGGCUAUUUCUGUUCGGACAGUGUGCGUUUUGCCAUUGUUGCAAUACUUUGUGCCGAGUAACCAACAUAAGGACCAGUGAUGUAUUUUCCAAGGGAAUUCGUAAUAUGGGAUCUUUCAACUGGGAGCCACUUCUAUUGUUCCAGGAAGCCUCGAAGGGGGAUGGCAGGAACCGUUGAAGCACAGCUCUUCCCUCCUGACAAGCUGCCCAAGAUUGAGGAAGACCAGUGUCGGAAGUUGGAGGAGUACUUCCGAUCCAAUCGCAAUGCUACCUCGAUAGAUCUGAUGAUUCUGGCGGAGGAGGUCGGGCUACCAGAGGAGGUGGUCACGAUAUGGUUCCGUCACAGGCUAGCUGUAUGGCGACGUUUGCAAGGCCUUCCAGCCAAUUGUGGACACGUGAAUGACUAACUGCCAAGAUGCCAUGACGGACAAUACAGUUAAUAGACUUGUCUCCUCCUCCAAGCAAGCUUUACUAGGGUUUCAUACGUCUUGCUGUGGCGAGGGUGCGGGAUGGGGUAUGGUAUGUUUUAACGAAAGCCAAAUGAUCUUGGAGUAAGAUUAUUUGUCUAUAAUAGUAUAUGAUAUACAUGUAAAUGUUGCUGUCCUCCAAUGAAUGUUAAGGGACGGUUGAUAUAUAUGUUAUCUCCAGUCGAACGAUUUUUAAUGAAACACCGCACCGGCAGAAUUCAAGGAUCCUAAUCGGGAACGCGGUAGUGUCACGAGCACGGCAAUUUCGCGUUGAACGAACGCCAAUGCAGCUGACGAGUAAAACGUUCAUGACGCUAAAUCCAGUUGCCUCGUAGGCUGCUAGCAUCAAAGACGGCUUUAACGCAGGUGGGGCUUGCCGACAAGUGUUCAUCAUCAUUUCAUAGUUAUAGAUACAAAUCUCUCACUUUACUUGGGACACUAGAAUUCCCAACUGUCAUUGAUUUCAAGGUUCAAGCGAUUCAGUACUUUUAUUGUAUGCUUAUAUAACGGCGAAGUCAGAGUUGAGAGCUGAGCGGCUUAGACCAAGUCUCAACCUGUCAAGAUACAAUCACGUCAUGAAAUAAUUAUGAAUAGUGUAGGUCUAUCCGUUUCACCCGUAAACAUAAGUUUCUUAUGUACAUGUAUAGGUGUUUGUACUUGUAUAUAUACUUUGUGCCAUAACGACGAUUAAAGAAUGUUAGUAAAUA